ACCUAAUCGGGAAACCUCCGUAGCUGAGCUGAAAGAUGGCCUCUCUCGUGAUGAGCCCUGGCAAGCUGCUCCUCCUCCUCCUCGCUCUCCUCUUCUCCAUGCAGCUUUCCAAUGCUUUCGACUUCGAGGUCGGGGAUGAUGAGGGUUGGGCCAUCCCUCCUUCCAACAACACCGAACGCUACAACCACUGGGCAUCCAGGAACAGGUUUCAAGUUGGCGACACCAUCCAGUUCAAGUACAAGAAGGAUUCUGUGAUGGAAGUGAGCGAAGAGGACUACGAGCACUGUGCGUCGUUGCAUCCUCUCUUCUUUUCGAACAACGGGAAGACAGAGUUCAAGCUGGAUCACUCUGGGAUGUUCUACUUCAUCAGCGGGGUGGCAGGUCACUGCAAGAGAGGACAGAAGAUGAUCAUCAAGGUGUUGAGCCAUUCGGAUUCGGAGGGGCCAAGUGGAUCGCCAUCAAGCAGCAACCAGACGGGAAGCUCGACCCCUCCUGAAUCACCUGACUCGAGUAGUGCAGUUCAGGUUGCAGCAAGCGUUCUUGAAGCCGCUGUGUUAUUAAUUAGCUUGCUCUUCUUUUAGAUCCUGCCGUAGAGCAUGCAUGGCAGUGUUUCAGGUGUUCUGGUAGUAGUUUAGGGUUACUGCGUUAGUUGUUAUUCUGCUUCUGGUGAUUGGUUCUGGCUUGAAUUCACGGGAGGACAGUUAUGUGGCUUUUGCCUUCCUAUUAUGUUGAAGUGAAUGCCAAGGAUUUUAUUUCUCACUAGUAGUCUGGCUGCUUCUUUUUUU